AUGUUUUUCAGAACUGCAGCUGUUGUCUGCGGCCUUUUUUUCUCCACCAAUGCUCAGGUGAUGGACGACUACGAGUACGACCCAAACGUCCCCGAUGAGCCCUUUGACACAGCUGCCAAGGGGGUGUCCGCCUGGCUCAAGGACGAGGUUGUAGUGCCCAGAAAGAAGGAUGGUUGGCAAACGGCGUUCUGCAGCUGUGUUCAGAACUCAAACAUUGCUAGCUGGUACCAGUUCGCCUCUUCGAUGUACGUGAUCGACACUUGCAGCCACGAAGAUGGUUUCGUUCUGCGCUCCGGCCACAUGCAGGACCGCCAUGUCCAUCCUAUGCAAGCAAUGAUGGCUUGCGACACGCUCAAGGUCGUGUCGUACUGCUUGUCGCACCAGGCCCCAGAAGCACUCCCUAUGUGGAAACCCAUGUGCGAUCAUGCCCACUACACCGUUCCAUCGUGCGACGUUGCCUGCAGCUCAGCAGUGCGCAUUGCUGGCAGUCUCGCUGGCGCUCUGGCGCUAGGCCAUUUGCCAAGCUAG